AAAAUCAAGCCCCCAAUAAAAACCCCUGAAAAGGUUUGUGUCCUUUACAAAACCCUUCCCUCUCUCUCAUUCCUCUCGCUUUCUCUCUCUAAACCACUGUUACAAAAAUCGAAUGAACGCAACUCUCAGUUUCAUGGGAGAUCCGAAAAACAGAAAAAUGGCGUCCUUUUCACGCCCCCACUGUUGCCGAUUCUAUCCUUCCGAAGCCCAACUCCUAUGCUACCACCUCAGUAGCAAGAACGCCGAUGAUCGCCGAUUCGGGUGCGAUUUGAUCCGAGAAAUUGAUCUCUACGGUCACGACCCGUUCGAUUUGCCCGAAUCCUCUUGCUUCCGCUUCGGCCGUGGAGGGAGGAAGAGGUACUGGUACUGUUACGCGGCGAGGGUUUUGAAGGAGAGAGGGAGGAGGAGGGCCGGUGGUGGGUACUGGAAGAGUAGGGGUAGGGUCAGGGAUGUGUAUUCCGGUGCAGGGAAGGUUGUGGUGGGGACUAGGAGGACUUUUGUGUUCUAUUUGGGGAAUUCCCCAAAAACUGCCAAGCGGACCCAUUUGGUUAUGUAUGAAUAUACCCCAAUUGAUCAUAAUCAGGCUUCCUUUGUUCUAUGCCGGAUAUUUGUUAAAUCUCAUGGUGUAAAUAACAUAUUAGAUCAUGUUCUAAGUUCUUGUGGUGAAGAAAGUGUUGCAACCGUACGUCACAUUGGUAUUCAGUAUGAUGGGACCGUGCAUGAUGACAAUUCUGUUGAAAGGAAGAACGAGGUUUUGAGAUUUCCAAUGGGACUGGUUGAUGAGCUUGAUGACAGAGUUCCUGCUGAGACUGUGGCUGUUGCCAGCUUUCAACUUCCUUCUAGCACACAGCCUAAUGAGCCGGUGAUGUCGUCUGGGCUUAGCGGCAAUGGCACGGUUCAUUGAUGAUUUGGCUACUCAGCAAUUAAUAGCAAUGUUAGAAGACAACUAUAUAGAACUAUAUAGAGUUGGAUGAUCUUUUAUGCCCAUCUUCAGGUUGUUCGGUCUCCGCGCUUGGGGCCGGGAGUGCUUGGUCGCAGGAUCAAUUUCAAUGCUGAGGUUGAACUCAUAGUUCAAAAACCUGAAAUCCCCACUGGGACAUUUAAUGGAGCAACAUAUCUGCCAAUUAUGAAGUUACCAGUGAUGUGGGGCAUUCUUGUUCUGCCCAUUAAGAUUGCUUUUCGUGCCUUAUUGCAAGCAUUCUCUCUCCAAUGAGAUAGAGGAGGAGACUCAGACGUCGGGAAAAAAUUUACUUACAGUAUCAACUGCAUUACCUGAUUUGAUCAUCAUACAUCGGCUGUUCUCUUGAUGGUGGAGUUUUUACUCUAAACCACUUUGGUUAUUGGGAAAGUCUCCUUUCCUUUCCACCUCUCUAGUUUUUUCCUUGCUAGUAUUUAUCUGCUUAGCAAGACAUUUUUUCCUGUAGCUUGGUAUUUUUUCACUUUCUGAAUUUUCUUGUGUGCUUAUAAAUAUUGUAAGUGAUGGAUAUUAUAGUAGAUCUGGAUAUAUAUAAAUGGUUUGUUGAAUUA